AUGGAACAUAUACUGAGAAUCCAGAAAUCGGUUGAAUUUGAUGAGACUAUUUCUCAUUAUGAAAUGCAUGCUCAUCAACCACUCGCUUCAUCAUCAUUCGGUAACAAUGAUGAAAUUUCGAUAACCGUGCAACAUCAGGAUUUAUGCCUUUUACCUAGUAAAAGUCAUCUUCACAUUCAUGGACGAUUAACUAAGGAAAACGGUACAACCCCCGUUGAAAGAACCCGAUUGGUGAACAAUGCCAUCAGUCAUUUAUUUGAGGACAUUCGUUAUGAGCUCAAUGGUAUGGAAAUUGAUCGUGCCAAGAAUGUUGGUUUAACGAGUCUCAUGAAGAAUUACAUUUCACAAAGCCCCAACCAAUGGUCAUUGAUGGAGAAUGCUGGGAUUGUAAAUGCGAAACAUGAACUUGUCCUCACAAGAUCUAAGACUGAUGUUAAUGUUGUUCUUCAACGACCAAUUACAGUUGCAAAUCCAGAGGAGAAAUAUAAGAUUACUCUACAAAAAAUUGAAUGGUUAAUUCCCUAUAUUAAAAUUUCUGAUAAACGCAAGACAGCACGAAAAACUCCAACGACUAAUGCCAGCACCUUCGAUCAUUGCAAUAUGCGGGAUGUAAAAUUAUUUUCAAACUCGCAAAGUUAUCCGUACGGCAAUUUGAAUCUUGAUAUUAAUCAUAAUCAAUGUUCCACAUUGUACAAUAUGUAUGUGAACUUCCAAGACUCAUUUUAUGGCAAGAAGAUGGAGCCGUUAUUAAGUAGAUCUGAAUUCUUGGAGAAGGCACCAUUGAUUGUUGUCGAUUGCUCGAAACAAAACGAGUAUCUGAAGAGUGGCCCCGUUGAUAUUCGUAUUGAAUUCGAGCCAGCUUCACCAUUCCCACCCCAUACAUCAGCUUACUGCCUCAUCCUCCAUGAUCGAAUUGUUCAAUACAAUCCUAUCAGUGGUGGAAUCAAAAGCUAA